UAAAGAUGGCUUGCUCAUGGAUGGUUGUUUGAGUAAUUUAUGAUCAUUCACUUUUGUUUUGUGUACUUGUGUAGUUAACAUAAAUAACAUCAACAGUAGAACGGCGAAUUGAUUUCUCGCGCAUUACAGUGUUUCCGUGGUUGUUUAGCUUUAGUAUUCUUCCUCACGUAGUCCCGCGUGCGAGCAUGUUGCUUAGUUUUUCGUAGCGUCGAUCGUAAUACCUGUGAUUGCAUAUGGUUGAUAUUAUGUCACCGUGUAUUUGUUACCUGCUGGAGUCUCAGUGGUAGUGCGGGAGCUCACCAUCUGCUUAGCUGCUUCUCCACAAUCUGAGAAUGGAACUGAUUUAAUCAAGAAUCAAUGUGUGCUCAAUCAGAAUUAUUUAUCAGUCAGCACCUCGCAUUUAUCACGGCCAACAACUGAUACCUCGCCACUUUUCCACCUUUGAAAUUAUCGCGAUGUUUUUUACUGAAUGCAGCUGCGGUUCUCUCUCCAUAGUGCUUCGACUUUUCGACAUUAAUUUUGUUUACUCACUUUUCUAAACGAUAGUUGUCAUGCAGCUGUCAUGGAGAUCUAAGUACUGCAAAUCUUACUUCCCAAAUGCCAUAAUCCUUUCAAUAUCACAUGACCCAAGUGCCUUUGAUUGUUGCCAUUUGUGAUAAAUAGCUAGUGAAAUAAUUAUACUACUUGCUCAACUUCCAAUUUUUCGUCUCAGUCUUAUUUUGUGCCUUGAAUGUAAUAUUGUGCGAUCGGGAGUGCAACAAGUGGUCACCGUAUCAAGAACAUAUCUGGAUUAUUUAUUACCCAUUCCUAGUGCGACAAGUGGUUAAAGUUGAAACAUAUUUGGAUUAUCUACGGGGAUACUGGAUGUAUGCUCCUUUUCAUCAGAAUUUAGGUGCGGUCCGCUGGAAAGUCGACCGCUGAUUAAGAAUCGGAGAACGGGCUAACACGGCCCAAGAAGAUUCAGUUCUACGGAAAAUCGUCUUCGAGAAGCACUGAACGAUCUCAGUGGAAAAUCGGACGUCACAAGCACAAUGUCAAUAACAUUUCCCCGACAAAAUCCGACCCGACAUCCAUAAACCAGAGCGGGUAGAAUGCUGGGAGGGGUGCGGCUGGUGAUAUUGACAGUAUUAUCCGGUUCCAUCCCUUGGGCCCUCCCGGAGCUCCACGUGGGCUGCGCCAUCAACAUCUUCUCCCGCUUCGGCUACAUGGGAAUCAGCAUGCGGGUCGUCCCGAGAAAUGACUCCGACCGCUCCUGGAUCUUCCGUGAGCCCACCGCCGACAUCUUCCGAAAUAUCUCCGCCAAACAGAGCACGAAGAAAUGCAACAACUCGACGGCUACGUUCGACGGGGACUUCCACAUGGAGUUCUGCGAGAACAUGAAGCAGCUGCUGCAGGCGUACUUCCGGGACUUCGCGGUGGAGCGGCUGGAGCGGCCGUGGCAGGCGUUCACCGGCUCCUGGUCGAAGACGGUGCUGGCCCGGAAUUUGGGGAUCAACACGAGCUACGUGAGCGGGGACCACUGCUACGUCCUCGUCCGGGUCUCCCGCCACCGCGAGGUCGCCACCAUGGCCGAGGGACAGACCCUCGCCCCCGACCAGGUCACCCUCCAGGACGCCGUCGCCCGCCACGUCGACCAGGUCCGCCUCGGCGACCCGGCCACCGUCCUCGACUUCGUCAAGAGCUUCGGCUCCCACUACAUCACCGCCUACGUCACCGGCAACUCCCUCUACCAGGUCUUCGUCUUUUCGCCUCCUAUUUUUAAAAGAAUCAAAGAAAGACUAAAAGAUAAAGGCGUGUCAAAUCUUACCAACACCGAAUUAUUAGGAUACUUCUCUCCAUGGUAUGCAGAGCACACUGGCACAAUCCAAGUUGCAAGUGGGAACGCCACUGUAGAGGAAUGGGCAGCAAGGCAUCUUCAGCACCAAUUCUACUUUUUCUCCUAUCCUAGUUUGCUAAAAUUACGAGAAGACUUAAAGUUAUUAAGCAAAUUAGACCAACUCCUAGGCAAUGAAGCCUUGUUAAAACUAGAUCUACGGACGUUAGCACCUGCUUUCAAAGAUCCAAUGAAACGGAAGUGGUUUCAUGAGGUUAUGGAUAACCAUUUGAAACUGUGGGAAGUGAAUAUGUGAAUGCACCAGAACUACGCCCAGUUGUCGCGUUAAGUGCCGUAUUUAUCUGAUCUCUUUGAUCAGAGCUGUAGCUGUGAGACUAGCCUUUUCUCAGGAGGCCCUCUCUUGUGCCUUACCUACCUACUUAAGAGUUCAAAGCUUUGGAAACUCGUUUAUUUUUAUGUUGUAUAUUUAUAUUGGAUUAGAUCAUUGUGACAAAAUGUUGUGCAAGAGUGUAAUUUUAUCAAAGUAUUCCUGUUUGAAGGGUAUCAAUGUCCCUUCCUAACACUAUAUUUUAUCGUUUGAUUGCUCAAAAAAUGUUACUUCAAAGUUAGAAAAUUGUGAAGUUCUAAUUGUCAGUUACCUCCAUGUUAACUGAAUUAAAAAUGUGACAUUGUAACAGUGUCUCACCUUUGGUAUCAAUAUCUUACUGACAAAAUACCAAUCAUUUUUUUUUUCUCCUUUUUGAAACUGAUUUCAGAUUUAUUCAAGAUUUUUCUAUUAGAUUUUAACAAGGAAAAUGUCUUAAAUUUUAUGACGCCAAAUCUCGAAUUCCUACCAGUGAACAUGUAAAAGGAAUGAAUGUCAAGUUUCAUAAACAUGCAAUGCUAUCUUAACCCUUUUUUUCAAAAAUAUUUUUGCCCUUUCUCUUUAGGAUGCCAAAAUUUGCCCCUCCCUCCCUCGAAAGAAAAAAAUCAACCAAAUAAUAAUUUUCCGUCAAUUUUUAAAAAUAUAAGUGCCCCAAGGAAAUUAAGACUUCAAACUUACAGCAUGUACGUUAUCCACAGAAAUGUUUUAAACUCUUGUCAAAGGUCAGAAGGGGACCAAGCAGGUGCUAUCAUUUUGAAAGGAAUCUAUCCUUUUCUUUCUUUCUUUCUUUCAUUCAUGGUGUGAUAUUUUUUACAUCUCUUUGUUUUAAUGUAAUGAAAGUACGUCAAUUUAACUCAAUAGUUUCUCCGUUAUUUUUUUAAAAUCUGAAUUUUCUGCUCUGUGUCCAAACUGUAUACCCACGUAAGGAUUCAAAAAUGUACAAAUGUAUACACCUCAGACUUUGCUCACCAUUCACAUAAUUAUAUACUUGUGCAAUAUUUUUUUCUUUCAUUAUUACUGUAAUUGCUUUUGAUCUAGUGUAUGAGCAAGCAAUUAAAAAUGAUUGAAGUCUGAAUCCCUCCUCUUGCUAAAUUUUUUAGAACGUCUUUGACUUUAACUCUCAAUGGAUUGCGUUGAAAAAAAGUUAUGAAGUAAAAUAACGAUGUUUCUCUCAGUUUUGCUCCACAAAUGGAGAAGAUUUUUUUUAGAAAUACAGCCUGCAUUUUUACAUACUUAGAUAGAUUUAUUAAUUCGCUUUUACUUCAGCUUCUUACUUUUAAUACAUACUCAUGUAUUCAUCUAAUUAUUUUUUCAGUUGAGAUGUCUCCAACAAUCUUUCUGUGUUCAUUCGCUUUUAUGAAAGGUGAUUUAUUUUUGUCUUUCUCUUUAUACAAUUAAUUCUUGCCUGUUCUUACUAGACAAUGUUCUCUACUUAUAUUUUUGGAACCAAUUCCUUUUUUUUACCAAAUUAUUUCCAUUUUCCCCCUCUACUCUUAAUUUCUAAUUUGUUCUCUGUAUUUUGUUGUCUCCUCAAACUCAUGGAUCUGUUAGCCUCUUUUUUACCAGUAGUCUUUUAAAACGAAUUUGUGCCUGUCAAUGAGGUUUUAUAAUUCUGGUUUUUAGAAUUAUCAGCAUUCAUUCACAUUGGAAAUUUGGAAGGAUCAGAAUUUUCAUUGCCAAAUUUCUCAUGAAGAAGCACAUUCAACUUUGGCUUUAGUUUCAAUCACAGAUCCGGCGUGGCGAAUUUUCAGAAAGUCCCUCUAUACCUUACUGGUUUACAGGACUGUUAUGUCAUUCACUCUUUUAGAAUUUGUAAUGAUGCCUGUUUUUUAUGUUGUGAGCUCUCUGAAAAUUUUCAGUGGUGUCAUAGGAACGAUCAUUAUGUAAAGAGUAAAAUAUGAAGGAUUUUGAAACCUCGCAAUCUUAGGAAAUGUUUUUUGAACUAAAGUCAUAGUUGCAUGAAUUAAAUACUUAUGAAUCAAAUGAUUAGCCCUAAUUAUGAAGAGCUCUAAUAGCCCUGUAAGUAAGUACUCACAGAACAAUUUUUGUACUUAAAUUUGCAACAAAAUAAUUUCUUUUUUGAAGGCAAUGCCUCCUAGUGUGAUACCUGUAAAUUUGCCAAUGGAUCUCUUAUUUUAAGAGAGAAAUUAAUAAGAACGUUUCCUACCAA